AUGGUGCAAGUUCUUCCGACCACUCUAAAGGGCUUGGCCUUAACCUGGUUCACCGAGCUUCCUUCCGGGAGCAUAUCGAGUUUCACUGCUCUUGAGACAGCUUUGAAACAGAACUUCAUUGCAGGAAGAAGACAUCGGAAGACCAAUAUCCACCUCAUGUCGAUCAGACAACAGAGGGAAAAAGACCUAACUGACUAUAUCAAGAGAUUCAAUGAAGAGUCACUCAAAGUUUCCGAUCUGCAGGACAGCGUCGCGUUCACCGCGCUCAUGUCUGGGUUAUAUCCCUCGAGUAGGUUCAAGUUAAAGCUCGCGGAGAGUGAGGCCUCGUCAUUCUCAGAAGCCAUGAACCUAGCUCAGAAGUUCAUUCAGGCCUCCGAUAUCUGUAAAACGCACGAGGAGCCUAGCUCCGGAAAGAGAAAGCACGAGUACACCCCUCGACCAGACAACCCCCAGUGA